GGCGCCCGCAGCCGAGCGAGCGCCUUGAACGCGCCGGGUCACCCGGCUCGCUCCCCGCGCUUCGGGGCGGGCCAAGUUCAGGGCCGGGAAGUUGGAAGGACCUGGUUCAUGGCUGCUUCCUAAUCCCGGAGCUCAGAGGAAGCAUCCCUAGAACCGUGGGGGUGUGAGCCAGGCAAGCUGAGGGCAGCCUUGAGCCCUACCCUUCCCGCCUCCCCUGCGGGGGCCAGGAUGCUGAAGAAGCAGUCUGCAGGGCUUGUGCUGUGGGGCGCCAUCCUCUUUGUGGCCUGGAACGCCCUGCUGCUCCUCUUCUUUUGGACACGCCCAGCGCCUGGCAGGCUACCCUCAGACAGUGCUCUUGAUGAUGACCCCGCCAGCCUCACCCGCGAGGUGAUCCGCCUGGCCCAGGAGGCCGAGGUGGAGUUGGAGCGGCAGCGGGGCCUGUUGCAGCAGAUCAGGGAGCACCAUGCUAGGUGGAGCCAGCGGUGGAGGGUACCCACCGUGGCCCCGCCUGUCCCGCCGCGAGUGCCUGUGACCACUCCACCAGCUGUAAUCCCCAUCCUGGUCAUCGCCUGUGACCGCAGUACUGUUCGGCGCUGCCUGGACAGGCUGCUGAAUUACCGGCCUUCAGCUGAGCGCUUUCCCAUCAUCGUCAGCCAGGACUGCGGGCAUGAGGAGACAGCCCAGGUUAUCGCCUCCUACGGCAACGCUGUCAUGCACAUCCGGCAGCCCGACCUGAGCACCAUUGCAGUGCCACCUGACCACCGAAAGUUCCAGGGCUACUACAAGAUUGCUCGGCACUACCGCUGGGCACUGGGCCAGGUCUUUCACGAGUUCAAGUUCCCAGCAGCCGUGGCGGUAGAGGAUGAUCUGGAGGUGGCUCCAGACUUCUUUGAGUACUUUCAGGCCACUUACCCGCUGCUGAGGGCCGACCCCUCCCUCUGGUGUGUGUCUGCCUGGAACGACAAUGGCAAGGAGCAGAUGGUGGACUCCAGCAAGCCCGAGCUGCUCUACCGCACAGACUUUUUCCCUGGCCUGGGCUGGCUGCUGUUGGCUGAGCUCUGGGCUGAGCUGGAGCCCAAGUGGCCCAAGGCCUUUUGGGACGACUGGAUGCGCCGGCCAGAGCAGCGGCAGGGCCGGGCCUGCGUGCGGCCCGAAAUCUCCAGAACAAUGACCUUUGGCCGCAAAGGUGUGAGCCACGGGCAGUUCUUUGACCAGCACCUCAAGUUUAUCAAGCUGAACCAGCACUUCGUGCCCUUCACCCAGCUGGACCUGUCUUACCUGCGACAGGAGACCUACGACAGGGAUUUCCUUGCGCGAGUCUAUGGUGCUCCCCUGCUGCAGGUGGAGAAAGUGAGGACCAGUGAGCGGAGCGAGCUGCAGGAGGUGCGAGUGCAGUACACAAGCAGGGACAGCUUCAAGGCCUUUGCCAAGGCCCUGGGAGUCAUGGAUGACCUCAAGUCUGGUGUCCCCAGGGCCGGCUACCGCGGCAUUGUCAGCUUCCUGUACCGGGGCCGCCGUGUCCACCUGGCCCCACCCCAGACCUGGGAUGGUUAUGAUCCUAGCUGGAAUUAGCAGCACCUGUGUGUCCGUCGUGGGCCCCCUCCUUGGCAUCUCAUGGCCUAAGAUGGGACCGCAGUCCCUGGACUUCAUCGUCCUCUCUGUGUUUCUCUCUUGGGUCCAUUUAUCUUUUUUUUUUUUUUUUCUUUUUCCGAGUGGCAUUCAAGUGCACAGAUGUUAAGGUGAGGGUUAUUCUCUCAUUCUCAAGGGGGUCAAAUCAGGGGACUCUUUCUGGGAUAUGUUGGGGGACUUAUUAAGCAAGAAACCACUGUGUGGUAGGAGGGACUUGGGCUUGUCAUGGCCACACACGUCCACAUUCCAGGUGUUCUCCUAGGACAUCAGCGGAGAGCUUGGCUACUUUAGUUCUCUUGAUCAGGCCUCUUUUCCCUGUCCUGGCUCUUCUAGCCAGAUUAUGAGCCCUCCCCCUGUACCUGUCCCCGGCCAUCUCUGCUUUCUCCCAGUUAGAGUAGGGGUAGGAGGCUGGAUUAUGUGAGAACGGCAUGUAUCUGUGCCAGAAUGAGACUAACCAAAGGGGUUCCAUUAUCGUCAGGGUCUGGAUAGAGCUGUUAGGUUGUCAGGGUUUACUGCCUCCUGCCUGUAUUUCUCUUCUUCCCCUCUCCUUCAUCUCUGACCUCCUCUCAGCUCUUCUUUCUAUGCAGCCCAGCCGUUUAUGAUUCUAAGAUGAAGUGGGGAAGGGGAAAAGUAGAACAUUCCCUCAGCUCAUCCGCUGUGGUGGGGAGAAAGCCUUGGAUGCUGGGGCACCCCUCCCUCAUUCUUCCUCUAAGAAACAGACUGCCCCUCCCACCUCUCCUUCCAGUCUUUUCCAAAAACCAGUCCUUACCCUGUUGCUCUAGGACAGUUCACGUUAACCUGGCUUCUGGAGGCCCUCUCAGUGUGAGGUACGGCAGCCAAGACCAUUCAGCCCAGCCUCCUUCUUCUCUCCCAGACGUCCCCGGGCACGCAGAUCAGGAGGCGGGUGGGCUGGAGAGCAGCGUGUGUGUUUUUGUUCUUGCCUGACCUCAGUUCAUGGAGGAAAGUUUAAGCUACAGAAUUAUUUUCAAAAAUAAAGGCUGAAUUGUCUGAAAA